GCAAACCCACUUCCGGGUCGUCCGUGGGCGCUAAAUUUUCCAUAUUAAAGAUGCCAAAAAAGCGGGUCCAAAGAAAAGCUUCUUGCAGUGACCAAAAAGAAAAUGAAAUAUCAGUGUCAAGAAAAAGGAAAGCAUCUAGCCUGCCGGAAGCAUGUAAUCAGUCCCACACAAAAAUGAACUGGGCUUUGACAACAGAGCGGACAAAGGACAUAUUGCAAGAUAUGGGAGUGGAACUUUUAUCUCAGAACAGCACAGAUAGCUGUGCAAGCAACACUGAAAAUUUUACUCCAGCAACCAUUUUGAAAGAUGAAAACAGUCAAAAUAGCACAUCUAGCUUUCAUCUUCCACCUGUUCCAGGGGUAAAGUUCUAUUUCAAAUUUUAUUGUAGGAAAAAAGUUCAGUUUAGUAUACCCCCAACAAACAAAGUUUAAGGGGAUAUAUAGGAG